AUGACAAGUGUAAAUCAAUCAAGAGGGGCUUCUGGGGCCUUUGUUGAAUUUCAAGUUGUGAUAUUAACAAAUGACGAAAAUGGAUUUUCUUCUGAAUUAAGUGAAAAUACAUGUAAAGGAUUAUUAAAAGUUAGUAAUAAAUGUAUGAUUUAUUAUAUAGUUAAAAAUAUAAUAGAACAAAAACUUAAAUAUAUUACAAUUGUUGUUAAUAACAAAUAUUAUGAUGAUAUGGUAAAAUGUAUUAGUGAAGAUUUUCCUGAUAAUUAUAAAUUUGAUGAUAAAAAAAAUAAAAAUAGUUAUUGUAUAGAUAUAGAACCAUAUACUACUGAUUCUAAUGAAGAAAUCGGAUCUAUUCAAUCUUUGCUUCAAAUACGGAAUAAAAUCAAAUCUGACUUUAUAGUUGUUAACACAGAUAUUUUUGGCUUUGUUGAUUUCCAUUCUUUAGCAAAUUUAUUUCGAGGUGAAAAUGCUUUAUGCGCUUUGUUAUUACUCGAAGAAAAUGAUAUUAAUAACAAUAAAAAAAAAAAAGAGAUUACAGAAGAAUAUUUAAAUUUAGAAAAUAAUGUAUGGGUAUGCAUUGAUAAAAAUAGUAAAGUUGUGAGUAUAUCUGAUGCAGUAUCUAUGAAACAAGAUGGGAAAUUAAAAAUACCAAAAAUAAACUUAUUACAUCAUAAAAAAUUUAUAUUAAAAACAGAUUUGGUGGAUAGUCAUGUAUAUAUUUUUAAGAAUUAUGUAUUAGAUAUAAUUGAAAAAAAAAAAAAAUUUUCUAGUAUUAAGUAUGAUUUAAUUCCAUACUUAGUAAAUAUACAGAAUAUGGGAAAACUUGGGGAAUAUUACAACACGUCCGAAUUCAAAUUCAACAUGUACAAGACGCUAAUUAGUGAAUACUCUGCUGAGCAAUCUCAAAACGAAAACGUUGGAAAUGAAAUUAAUUCAAACGGAAUGGCUAAUAAUGAACAUGUCGAAAAUGUUGUUUGUUAUGUCCAACCCAAAAUGAAUGGUUUUUGCCAGAGAAUUAAUAAUAUCCCCAAUUUUUUUAAGGCAAAUUUAUUGUUUUGUGUGGCUCGUCACGAACAACUAAAAGACGUUGUACCGCCCUACUUUUUUUUCCUUUAUAGUGAUAAAAUUCAAUCUUAUAAAGAUUGUAUAAUUGGAAGUGGAUUUGAACAUGAAGAAAAUGUUAUUUUGAAAAAAUCAGUUCUUGGUAAAAAUGUGAAAAUAAAAAAAAAUUCGAAUAUAAAUAGGUCAAUUUUCAUGGAUAACGUAAUCAUUAAUGAAGGUUGUCAAAUUCAAAACUCGAUUAUUUGCAACCAUGUUGUAAUUAAAGACAAUUGCAAGCUGAUUGAUUGUAUAGUUCGAGAAAAUUGUGUUAUAGAAAAAAACAGCAUUUAUGAAAAGGAAACCCUACCCUUAUUUAUUUCCUAA